AUGUUAAGCCGUGUCGCAAGGGGUCGCUCUUUCGCUGGUCUCCGUCCCUUUUCUAUUCCCGCUAUGGCUCUUACUCAACCCGCCGACUGGAAGAAGGCUGCCCCAGAGCCGCCAGCCAACACCGAGACUUUUGCUGCCCAAGCCGCACUCCCGUCUUUGCCAGUACCGGACCUGAAAGAGACUCUAACGCGUCUCCGCCAGUCGCUCAAGCCCCUCGCGUGGUCCAAAGCCGAGCUGGAUGAUGUCGAAGCCAAAAUCACAGAAUUCGAGAAUGGCAAGGCACCAGAGUUGCAUGUUCGCCUACUCGAACGGUCCAAACAUCACCGGCACUGGCUGGAGGAGUGGUGGGACAAUGGCGCUUAUCUGAGCUACCGCGAUUCGGUUGUGGUGAAUGUGUCCUAUUAUUAUGGAUUCGACGCCCAGCCUCCAACGCUCCCUCAAAGCAAUGUUGCGCGUGCUGCUUACAUCGCCCGCGCGACCGCCCUCUUUCGACAGCAAUACAAACUCGGUAAACUCAAGCCUGAGGCUUUAAAGGAAGGACCUAUAUGUAUGGACACGUAUAGAUGGAUGUUUGACUGUUGUCGCGUUCCCGGCCCUGGAUUAGACUGGAGUGUGAGCUAUGCUCAGCCAGGGGAUACUGGAGACAGUGGACAUAUCAUUGUCUUCCGCCAUAAUAGGCCUUGGAAAGUUGAUCUCGUUAGAGAUGGCAGACUCCUCAGUGUAGCAGAGUUAACCGGGCAAAUUCAACACGUUGUGGACAAUUCAAAUGGUGAAUAUCCUGGCGUCGGAGUUCUGUCUUCAAACAAUCGCGAUGUUUGGGCGAAAGAUUAUGCUGAACUCUCUUCUUCGCCACACAACGCAUCCAUUUUGGAGACAAUCCAAUCAGCGGCGUUCACGAUAAGUCUGGACUCGGCCUCUCCUGUUGGCGCCAUUCCGCACAGUACCACAUUGUGGCAUGGAGAAUUGCUGAAUGGGGUUCCUGUUGGACUGCAAAACCGCUGGGUCGACAAGCCCGUGCAAUUCAUCGUCUUCAAUAAUGCUCAAGCUGGUCUUAUGGGUGAACAUUCUGUCAUGGAUGGCACCCCCACCGUGCGCCUCGCCGACGAUGUACUCAACAUGAUCGCCAACCCUUCAUUCGACAAAGGGUCUGAAAAGUACUCGCAAGACUUGUCUCCACCAGUACCUCUCGACUGGCAGCUCUCCCCAACAACAGUUUUAGCUAUAAACGCUGCCAAUAAAGCCGGUCGCGACCUCAUCGAGAGCCAGACGAUGGGUUUCCACUUGACAAAAUACGGCAAAGAUGCAAUCAAGAAAUUCCGCGUGUCUCCAGACUCGUGGGCGCAAAUGAUCGUGCAACUUGCUUAUGCGCGCCUGCUGAAGAGGAUGGGAAAGCAGAGGUCUGGUGGUACUUAUGAGGCCGCAUCAACUAGAAGAUUCUUCAAGGGACGGACAGAGGCGAUCAGAGUUGUUUCUGUCGAGUCGGAUGCAUGGGUGGCCAGCAUGGACAAGGCUGGAGUGGACACGAAGGAGAAGAAACGCUUGUUCGAUGCUGCUGUCCAGGUUCACGGGACUUUGGCACGGGCAGCAGGAAUGGGCCAAGGAGUUGACCGGCAUCUGAUGGGACUGAAAAAGUGCUUGAAAGAUGGCGAAAGUAUGCCUGCGUUAUUCUCCGAUCCAUUGAUGAUACGCUCCAACAAUUGGGUUUUGAGCACCUCUGCGGUUUUUUCCAGCCAUUUCCCUGUCUAUGGUUGGGGAGAGGUCGUUCCUGAGGGCUUUGGCGUGGCUUACAUGACCGGAUAUGACGAUCGACUUCAGUACACAAUUACUUCUCGAACGGAGAUGCCAAACGAACAGUUCGUGGCAGAGAUUGCACGCGCAGCAGAGGAUUUAUAUACCCUGCAUUCUAAGUUAGCGGAGAAACCAAGAUUGUAA